GCUGCCUCGGAUGUGCAAUGCGAAAAUGCUGAGCCAAGCGAUUCGUUGGGCCGCUACCACGACAUCGCACAUGGCGGCGUUGCCAGUGACCUGGAUGGCCCUUGCGACGAGAUGAGGACCGUAGACAAGUCGUUGGAACCGGAAGAUAUUGGCCGCGUGUUCCCUCGCGAAAUCGUCGACAUUAUCAUCGAUCAACUUGGGCAGCCGGAGUCUCUCGAUGUCUUGCGACAGUGCUGCCUAGUCUGCUGGGCUUGGGUUCCUCGGGUGCGACACCACCUCUUUAGGCGCGUCGCGAUCCGCAUCAAAAAAAGACGUAACGACCGCGGCUCGCCACAGGAUGCUCUGCUCGAAUUUUCCGCUUUCCUGGCCCAAGCUCCCCCUUCAGUAACGCGUAGUAUACGUGCGCUGAAGAUAUCGGGCGGCCGACCGAUAGCGGCGGUGUCUCUUACAUCUAUUCGGAACGUGGCCGUCAGACUACCUUCCCUGCACACCCUCCAUAUCUCUUCCGUACAGCUUGUUGGUCGCAUCGAACAUCAGGACACAGUUCACUCCUUCACAACCCUGCGGCUGGAUACCUUUGUGAUGGUUGAGAGAUUCCUCGACCUCCUCUUAAUCGUCUCCAACCCGAUAGCACUCGAAAUACCCUCAUAUGCAGUCGGUAUCGGCAACGUUGCAGAAAAUGUUAGCGCUUAUGCGAAGCAGUCACCACCGGUAUGCAUACGCCUGCGAAGUUUGACGCUUAUGACAGAGUGUAUGAACUCUCUAUUCGCGGGUCUUCUUCUUCCCAUGUUAUCGGAGAACAUGCUGACCAGUCUCUCCUUGCGGUGCGUUGUCACCGAUGGACAAGUGAAUACGGAAGACGUAGGCAAGCUCAUCCGUCACGCUCGCCUAACGCUUGAACGUUUGAGUCUAAAUUUGGGUUUUACGCGGGACGAUGAAGGUACACAUGGGACAGUCACACAAGAGGCAGCUCGCACGGGACUCAACUUGGAUCUGUGCACAUCGCUCGUCUCGAUUGACCUCGAUCUAUCGUCCACAAGCACAUUCAUACUCUUGUUCGUUCGUACACUCUUCAGAGAGCUCUUUUCUCGACGACCAGGGCAUGCAGAGACACUCCGGUUCAUAGUUGUUCGCGCCGACAGCCUUGACGACAUCACAGGACUCGACCAGACUCUACACUUGUACAUGCCACCCGGCUCGAGCACCAGGGUUCGUCUGGCCUGGCGUAUUCGUGAAAGUGCGAGACACAUAAAACCUGAGGACCGCGAUGCCUUUGUGGAGGCUAUGCCCCUGCUGCAUGGUCGCGGGCGGCUCUACUUCCACCCCGAUGGCGAUUCAGACCCGUCUGUUCCGUGGGAUGCAUGUGUUGAGGUGGGCUUGUAAGUAGUCUCGUGGUUAAUCCUAUUGCAGUGAAUGGUUGGCAGGUCUCAAUGGGUGCCCAUAAUAAUCCGAGGAAGACGUCCCGCGGAGGUCGUUGUACCCGUUCUUCGUCUCGGUAUCGAUCACACAGAAGCGUGCCAACUUCUGUACAUUUAUCGCACAAGUUUGGUUGUGUAAUGGUAUCAUAUGUGUAUAAUAAGAAGACUGCACCCACUC